AUGCAUUUUUAUAUAGCUCCAAAACAUUUUCCCCUUACGCUUCGCUCCUCUUUAUGUAAUCUUGGCCGAUGCCGAUUUUCGACCGUUACUCCCCCACAGUCUUCAAAGACAUCUCGCGUGCGCCAGUACUACGCGGCAAUAUCAAUCGGAGCCGCACUUGGCUCUUCAAUCUUGCUCUACAACUACUUUUCCUCUUCCAAUAAGCCUACUCUCGAUCCCGCUGAAUUUACCGCUUUUACGCUAACUCGAAGAGUGCCAGUGUCUCACAACACUGAUAUAUUUCGAUUUGAUUUUCCUAAACCGAUGCCUACUGAUUUACCUGUCGUUUCUUGUGUGCGUGUGAAAGACGAUUCGAUGCAAGUUGCAAGACCAUAUACACCAAUCAGUCCGACGAAUGAGAGGAGAUUUAUUGACUUGUUGGUGAAAAGAUACGAGAAUGGACAGGUAUCGAAAUGGUUACAUGGAUUGAAAGUGGGUGACAAAGUCGAGAUUAAAGGACCGGCCAGGACACUUGAUUAUAAAGAGAAUAUGAAAAAAAAUAUUGGAAUGAUUGCUGGUGGAAGUGGAAUUACUCCAAUGUACCAACUGAUAAAUCACAUUCUCUCCAAUCCUGAGGACAAAACAAAAAUGUCUCUAAUUUAUGCCAACGUGACUGAAGAUGAUAUCUUGCUUCGCAAAGAGCUGGAUGCACUCGCUCGUGCUCAUCCUGACAGGUUUAAAGUAUACUAUACACUUGACAAUGCACCAAAGGGAUGGACACAAGGUAGUGGGUAUGUGAACAAGGAGAUGGUCAUCGAAAAUAUGCCAAAAGCUGAGGACGACGUUCUAAUAAUCACAUGUGGCCCACCUGGGAUGAUACGUCAUGUGGCUGGCGCGAAGGGCAAAAAUUGGACUCAAGGAGAAAUUGGUGGAAUUCUAAAACUAGUGGGCUAUACUGAAGAACAAGUGAUCAAAAUGUAG